UAAAGAAUCAGGUGAACAUUAAAAUUUUAAGGUCUCUAAUUAAUGAUCAAUUUAUAUUGUUUCAGAAUGGCUGCCAACAGGAAGUAUUUGUUCCAUGAUGAAAAGAGUUUCAAGCUUAUGAAUCGACUUGUAAACGAGAAAUUUGGACUUCCCACCCCGAAUUCUGAUGACAGUGACACAGAGAUUGAAAUGCUAAGAACGGCGAUAAGGUUUGGGCAACCUCAAAGAGGUUCACCAUUUGAGGGUUCCAAUAAACCAAGAGAGAAUUCACCAAAAUACCUGCGUGAAUGUGAUAAGUGUGUCAGAUAUUUCGAUCAAUGGAAUGAACAUGAACAAAUUGAGUUUGUGGAGCUUAUGCUUUCCAAAAUGACCCACAGCCAACAUAGUCAUGUCAGUGCUUUCUUAAGACCUGUGCUUCAAAGGGAUUUCAUAAGUCUGUUACCUAAAAAGGGUUUAGAUCAUGUAGCAGAAAGUAUUUUGUCUUAUUUGGAUGCCAAAUCUUUAUGUGCUGCCGAACUAGUUUCCAAAGAGUGGUACAGAGUUAUAUCUGAAGGAUUAUUAUGGAAGAAGUUAAUAGAACGUAGGGUAAGAACGGAUACCCUAUGGAAGGGUUUAGCUGAUCGGAAGGAAUGGAUUAAGUACUUAUUCAAGCCAGCUCCUGGAGAACAACACCCGGAUCAUAUGUUUUAUCGUCGCUUGUUUCCUAAAAUUAUUCAAGAUAUAGAUAGUAUAGAGUCAAAUUGGAAAUGUGGCCGACAUAACUUGCAAAGGAUUAAUUGUCGUAGUGAAAACAGCAAAGGAGUGUACUGUCUUCAGUAUGACGAUCAAAAAAUUGUUAGUGGUCUUAGAGAUAAUACCAUUAAAAUUUACGAUCGCAAUACUUUACAGUGUGUUCAAGUACUAACAGGUCACACUGGCUCAGUUUUGUGCCUUCAGUAUGAUGAAAGAGUAAUUGUUAGUGGAUCUAGUGAUUCAACUGUUAGAGUCUGGGAUGUUGCAACUGGUCAGAUUUUGAAUACAUUAAUUCAUCACUGUGAAGCAGUCCUUCAUCUUCGUUUUAGCAAUGGUUUAAUGGUAACCUGUUCUAAGGAUCGAUCAAUAGCAGUGUGGGACAUGAAUACAGCACAAGAAAUUAACUUAAGACGAGUGCUUGUUGGUCACAGAGCUGCAGUUAAUGUAGUUGAUUUUGAUGAAAAAUAUAUAGUGUCAGCAUCUGGAGAUCGUACUAUAAAAGUUUGGAAUACCACAUCUUGUGAAUUCGUUCGAACUCUAAAUGGUCAUAAACGAGGAAUAGCUUGCCUUCAAUACAGAGAUCGUUUAGUUGUGAGUGGUAGUUCAGACAACACAAUUAGGUUGUGGGACAUUGAAUGUGGAGCUUGUUUACGAACACUGGAAGGUCAUGAAGAACUAGUAAGAUGCAUUCGCUUUGAUAAUAAAAGAAUUGUUAGUGGUGCUUAUGAUGGCAAAAUUAAAGUUUGGGAUCUUGCUGCUGCUUUAGACCCAAGAGCACCAGCAGGGACAUUGUGUUUACGCACUUUGGUGGAGCAUUCAGGACGAGUGUUCAGACUUCAGUUUGAUGAAUUUCAGAUAGUGAGCAGUUCACAUGAUGAUACAAUUCUAAUAUUUGAUUUUUUAAACUACAGUGCCUCAGAAACAUAAUGCUUUCAUUCAUCUGCCAUAUGAAUAACUCACUGCCUGAUUAG